UGGACCGACUGUUUUGGUCCGACAGACCCCACAGGCUCUGAUGGGGCUCUGCGGUGUCGUGCUCUGGAGCCUCUCAGUCGCGACGAGCAGGGCGCUGGUGCUGGGACUGCUGGCUUUGCUGUGGCCCCCGGGGCGGGGCGAGGCGUGCAGCUGCCUCCCAACGCACCCGCAGCAGCAUUUCUGCCGCUAGGCGGUUGUGAUUCGGGCCAAAGUCACCAGUGAGAAGAUAGUGACUGCUAAUAAAGACCCUUCUAACCCUAACAAAUUGCUCCGGUAUGAACUCAAACGGAUGAAGAUGUUUAAAGGGGCUGAGAAAGUCAAGGAGGUUCGCUAUGUCUACACCUCUGUGAACACUUCUCUCUGUGGAACUAGAAUAGCAGUCAACAGUAAGAGGCAAUACUUUAUAACUGGUAAUGUUCUCAAUGAUGGAAAAAUCUUCAUUAAUAUGUGUAACUAUAUCCAGCCUUGGGAAAACGUGUCCAUGGCGCAGAGACAGAGUCUGAAUCACCACUACCUUUUCAACUGUGACUGUGAAGUUACCAUCUGCUACUCACCGACCUGUAACAAAUCGAUGCGCAAUCAGUGUCUCUGGACAGACUGGCUGUUGGAACGGAAGCUCUAUGGGAACCAGGCCCACCAUUUUUUCUGCAAGAAGAAUGAGGAUGGCACCUGCAAAUGGCAGCUGGUACAACACCACCCCAAUAGGGAGGAGUUUGUUGACGUCAUCGAGCCUUAG